AAUGAACGAAGAUGGAAAUAUGAAAAUGAAAGGAAAAGGACAAAAACAUAACCAGAACGGAAACAACAAAGAUGACAUGCGCGAGAAAAUGAAGGAAAGAAUGCAACAGAAGAAUGGGAAACAGAGUUCAGAAGAGAAAGAAGGAGAAAUGAACGAAGAUGGAAAUAUGAAAAUGAAAGGAAAAGGACAAAACAUAACCAGAACGGAAACAACAAAGAUGACAUGCGCGAGAAAAUGAAGGAAAGAAUGCAACAGAAGAAUGGGAAACAGAGUUCAGAAGAGAAAGAAGGAGAAAUGAACGAAGAUGGAGAUAUGGAAAGGAAAGGAAAAGGACAAAAACAUAACCAGAACGGAAACAACAAAGAUGACAUGCGCGAGAAAAUGAAGGAAAGAAUGCAACAGAAGAAUGGGAAACAGAGUUCAGAAGAGAAAGAAGGAGAAAUGAACGAAGAUGGAAAUAUGAAAAUGAAAGGAAAAGGACAAAAACAUAACCAGAACGGAAACAACAAAGAUGACAUGCGCGAGAAAAUGAAGGAAAGAAUGCAACAGAAGAAUGGGAAACAGAGUUCAGAAGAGAAAGAAGGAGAAAUGAACGAAGAUGGAAAUAUGAAAAUGAAAGGAAAAGGACAAAAACAUAACCAGAACGGAAACAACAAAGAUGACAUGCGCGAGAAAAUGAAGGAAAGAAUGCAACAGAAGAAUGGGAAACAGAGUUCAGAAGAGAAAGAAGGAGAAAUGAACGAAGAUGGAGAUAUGGAAAGGAAAGGAAAAGGACAAAAACAUAACCAGAACGGAAACAACAAAGAUGACAUGCGCGAGAAAAUGAAGGAAAGAAUGCAACAGAAGAAUGGGAAACAGAGUUCAGAAGAGAAAGAAGGAGAAAUGAACGAAGAUGGAGAUAUGGAAAGGAAAGGAAAAGGACAAAAACAUAACCAGAACGGAAACAACAAAGAUGACAUGCGCGAGAAAAUGAAGGAAAGAAUGCAACAGAAGAAUGGGAAACAGAGUUCAGAAGAGGGAGAGGCAGAAGCAGAGGGAGAAAUGAACGGAAAUAUGCAAAUGAACGAAAAGGGGCAGAGAAAUAACCAAGACAGAAACAAUAUGGAUAACAUGCGUGGGAAAGGCGAAAACGGAAUGCAGCAGAAAUCAAAUGGGAAGCCCAGUUCCGAACAGAAAGAUGAAGGAAUACGCGAAAACGAAAACAUGGAAAUGAACGGACAGGGACAAAAAAGUAACCAAGAUGGAAGAAACAUGGACAACAUGCGUGGGAAAGGGGAAAACGGAAUGCAGCAGAAGUCAAAUGGGGAAGACAACUCUGAAGAAGAAGAGGAAAGGAAAGGAAACGGAAAUAUGGGAUCGAAAGGACGGGGGCAAAGAAACGAUGAACAAGGUGAUGAUUCGGACGAUAUGGGGAAGAAGAAAAAGAAAGGAACGCAACAGCAGCAGAAGUCAAGUGGAAGGUACAGCUCUCAGCAAGAAUCUGGUGCGAAAAGCCAGCGAGGAAAGGGAAUGAGGAACGAUGGAUCAUCAAGAAAAGGCAACGGCCGUUAAUAUGUCGUCGACUGGCGAAAGGGAAUAAAACGUUCAUUAUUCGUGGAUAGUUUGGACCAGGCGAUCAAGUGAAAUACAACCAUGACAUACUUGUUAUAAUAAACAUUUUAACAGAGAUUGCAAUAAUAAACGUAUUAAUGGUUAUUUUAUUCUUUCAUUCAUUAAAUGUUCUUCGAAACGUGCAACUCGUCUGAGAAAGUAAAAUAAAGGUGUUUUAUCAAAGUUGCAUGCUGUAUAUUAUACAGUGUUUACAAUUCUUUGUGAUAACGCCAUGACAUACUUGUUAUAAUAAACAUUUUAACAGAGAUUGCAAUAAUAAAUGUUUUAAUAGUUAUUUUAUUAUUUCAUUUCUUGGCAAUUUGUUUAUGAUAUCUGGCGUUUUGUGAAAUCCUAAUUAAAUGUUCUUCGAAACUAUCCUGGUAAAACGAAAUAAAGGUGUGUUAUCAAA